AUGGAUUUCUUCUACUGUCGAUGCUCUGGGAACUCGAAGAUCUUGACAGUGGUCAUCCUCCUGUUUGGCUCGAUCACCGUGGCCCAGUUCGUUGCUUCGCUGGCGGCUGGAUCUGAUGCACUCCUGGUGGACUGUGGGUCCAUGCUGGUUGACACAUGCACGUAUGCUCUGAACCUUUGUGCGGAGAAGCGGCGGGGGCAGGUGAUGGACCUGUCUGCAUCUGGAAUCUCUAUCCUGGUGUUGUUGAUCGUGUCCAUCAGUGGCUUAGGGGACUCCAUACAGGAUUUGAGGCACCCGCGUGAGAAAGAACAACUAUCACCAGAGAUUGUGCUGAUCUUUGGCUCCAUCGGGGUCUGUUUCGACUUGAUCUCCUUCUGGGGUUUCUACCGCUGGGGGUUGCACAGCAUCCUGUCUGGAUACGGCGAGGGGUCACCGAUGGCAUCGCCCAUGGCGGUGAAUGAUGCCAUGUCCCCGAGCUCCAGAAUCAUUGGCUCGACGUCCAUGAACAUGCGCUCCGCCUUUAUGCAUGUUGGUGCUGACCUCCUACGCUCCAUGGUGACAGUGCUGGAAGGUCUUUUGGUCAUCUUUGGCCACACCGAUGGAAAGUCGACCGAUUCCCUGGCCUCUGUAGUGGUUUCCGUCACCAUCCUUUGUGGUGUCGCUGCGGGGGUUCUGGCUUGGAGCAGGCAAGCGUGCUUGUUCUUCUCGCGCCGAUCUACGGAGGAAUUGUUGCCAGAUACGCCGCUGGUGGAGUUCAGCCGUAGCUUGCCAGACGGGCUGCCAGAGUGCCUGUGA